AUGCAUUUUUCUAUUCCUGAUUUGCAACAAUUUCGCGACGAUAAUGGGAUUGCUUAUACGGGCUUUAACAUCUAUAUUGAUGGGUUUUUUCAUUGUACCGCGCGGUAUAAACAAUUGCUCAGCCUUCACGAGCAAUUGCAGGCUCAGUACCCGCAUUCUAAGCUUCCAGCAUUCCCGUCAAAGAAAUUAUUCUUAACUAGCUCUCAGUUGGAGGAGAGGCGUAUCUUAUUAGAAAAAUAUAUACAAUUGGUUGGACAAAAUCCUGUGUUUGCAAAUUCGGGCAUUUUAAUCACAUUCCUUUUUUCGGCUCAACAAGAAACUCACUCUGUUCGAGUUCAUGUAGUAGAUAUAGAAAUUUCACUAAUGAAUGGCUAUAGAAUACCACUAUCAGUGUCAUCUGUGGAUUCUUCUAGUACUGUUUUAGAUAUUGCUUGUAAUUAUGUGAAUUUAUCAAAAGACUUAACAAAAUAUUUCUCUUUAUACCUGUUUAACUGGAGCUGUGCUAAAGAUGGCCAACCUUGUUUGAAAAAACUAGAAGAUUAUGAAUCUCCAUACAUAUCACAGAAGUAUGUAAGGCCAGAUGAUAAAAUUGUUUUGAGGAAAAGCUACUGGGAUCCAUGUUAUGAUAUGGACUUAAUGAUAGAUAGGGUCUCUUUAGACCUUCUUUAUUUACAAUUAAUUGAGGAGUUAGAUUUGGGUUGGAUAAUAGCUGAUCAGCAAACUAAAGAGAUACUCUCAUCGUUUGAAGCUCAAAAGCAAAAAAGAGAGUAUAUAGAGCUAGCUCGUACCUUGAGGCACUACAGUAGCAUUCCAGCGGGGGAAGCGUUAACGGAUGCUGUUAACAUCGGAGAGGCAGUAACCUCUGUGAUCCGUGUGCGCGUCUCGUUAGCGUCCAAGGAGCUCACGUUGACGAGCGUCGCUCACCCCAACAACGAGCAGAAGUACAAGGUCACGAGGAUGAGGUGCUGGCGUAUCACCACUUUACAUAAUGUAGAUCGGUCACAGACGAACGGCGAUGAUUCCUUACUCGAUGCGCCGAGCAAAAACUUUGAGCUGUCCUUUGAAUAUCUCAUUAGCAAAGAUACCUUGGUGUGGGUGACUCUGCGGACGGAACAUGCAAUAUUUAUUAGUGUCUGCCUGCAGUCGAUAGUAGACGAGCUGAUGCGUCAAAAGAACGGCGAAGGCCCGACAUCGCCGCGCUGCAAACGCGCCAGCCUCGCCUACCUGCGGCGCGACGGCUCCACGCACCUCAUCACGCCCUCCUCCUCUAGCGACACGCUCAGCUCCGCGAAUGGCGAUUCAUCAGGCAGUUCAAGAGAAAUAUUUUCGGUUCAAAGACUAACUGAAAAGUUUGCAUCAGUCGCUUUCAAGACCGGCAAAGAUUGUGUCGAAAACAAUGCCUUUGAAGCGAUAGGAGACGAAGAACUGUGA